AUGUUUCCCGGAGAGUCAAGCUCACAGUAUCCAUCAUCUCAGAACAGGAACCCUAGGGAGGGUCUGUCAAAGGACCACCCACUCUCUCCACCAGCCGUCGCGUAUCCGUCGACGUUAAUUGACUCUACACCACCUGUCUUUCAGCAGGGGAUCCAGAUUCCGGGCUCCUCGUGGCCGGUCAAUAGGCCGGUCUCUGCUGUGCAAGGUGGAGGCUCCGAAUCAAGUCGGGCACUUCCGGCCUCAAUCCACCCGCAGAGCUCGACGACCUCGUUGAAUUCGAGCACGAGUUUACCCAGCUCCUUCGUUGGCUCAGAGUCGUCUUUAUCUGCCCAGCCAUCGCUUGACAGUGUACCUCCUGCUAGUGAGCAGCAGUUAUCAUCAGUUGAAUCCCCUCGAAACGGUCUUGGAACCACUUACUCGAUGGCCGUCGCAUCAGACCCCUACUUCUCCGGCUCAAUGCAGCCGAAUCCCCAGAACUAUAUGUGGGCGCACCGUCCUUUUCAGCCCCUGCAACCUCCCUCAGGGCAUAUGAAUCAACAAUUUUCUCAUCCUCAAUCUUAUCCUUCCAGUGGCUUCUCCGUUGGCGGCUAUAAUGGCCACCCAAACGGGGCAAUGCACAGCUACCCGCCGCCUCAAGAUACGCAAGGCGCUUCGUACCUGGCCGCAUCGCCCGGCUAUGCAGCUCGACAGAAUCAAUCGCGAAGCAGUCCAGCCUUGGCACGGCCAUUCCACGCCCAGUCUAGCCAAUCUGCUCCGGGUACUCCCCCUUUAAGCGAGCAACCGAUGAUGACCUCCUCCUCUCCUUAUAUUAUAAACCAACCCGCCUACUACCUCCCCGAAGCACCCUCAAUCCCAUCCUCACACCCGUCAAUGCCGGUUAGCUCUCAACCGCCUUCGCUGGUGUCCAACGAGUCCAUCUAUUCGUCGCCCGACUCACUACCUCCCGCGUCCGAGCCCGAGCAUCAGGUUCGAGUGAUUAGUUCGCGCCCUCGUCCGCAAUGCUGGGAUCACGGUUGUAACGGUCGUGAGUUCUCGACCUUCAGCAACCUGCUACGGCACCAGCGCGAAAAGUCCGGCGUGGUGGCCAAAGCUGAAUGUCCAAUCUGUGGUGCUGUGUUCACACGCACGACGGCACGCAAUAUCCACGUUGCGCAGGGCAAAUGCAAGAGCGGGGGCCAGGAGUCCUCCACCGAGUAG